AUGGACAACGACAAGUACAUAACACUGUGUGAAGACAACGACAAGUACAUAACACUUUGUGAAGACAACGACAAGUACAUAACACUGUGUGAAGACAACGACAAGUACAUAACACUGUGUGAAGACAACGACAAGUACAUAACACUGUGUGAAGACAACGACAAGUACAUAACACUGUGUGAAGACGACGACAAGUACAUAACACUGUGUGAAGACAACGACAAGUACAUAACACUGUGUGAAGACGACGACAAGUACAUAACACUGUGUGAAGACAACGACAAGUACAUAACACUUUGUGAAGACAACGACAAGUACAUAACACUUUGUGAAGACAACGACAAGUACAUAACACUGUGUGAAGACGACGACAAGUACAUAAUACUUUGUGAAGACAACGACAAGUACAUAACACUGUGUGAAGACAACGACAAGUACAUAACACUGUGUGAAGACAACGACAAGUACAUAACACUUUGUGAAGACAACGACAAGUACAUAACACUUUGUGAAGACAACGACAAGUACAUAACACUGUGUGAAGACAACGACAAGUACAUAACACUUUGUGAAGAUAACGACAAGUACAUAACACUGUGUGAAGACAACGACAAGUACAUAACACUGUGUGAAGACGACGACAAGUACAUAACACUGUGUGAAGACAACGACAAGUACAUAACACUGUGUGAAGAUAACGACAAGUACAUAACACUGUGUGAAGACAACGACAAGUACAUAACACUGUGUGAAGACAACGACAAGUACAUAACACUUUGUGAAGAUAACGACAAGUACAUAACACUUUGUGAAGACGACGACAAGUACAUAACACUUUGUGAAGAUAACGACAAGUACAUAACACUUUGUGAAGACGACGACAAGUACAUAACACUUUGUGAAGAUAACGACAAGUACAUAACACUUUGUGAAGACAACGACAAGUACAUAACACUGUGUGAAGACGACGACAAGUACAUAACACUGUGUGAAGACAACGACAAGUACAUAACACUUUGUGAAGACGACGACAAGUACAAAAAAAAGGUGGAAAAGAAAGAGUACAGAACUAGUUUCAAAGACAACGUCAAGUACGACACACGUUGUGAACAAUAA